AUGGGUGGAGGCAGAUUGUGCGAAGCUUGUGCGGCCGCAAGGGUAGUGGAGUUUGCCCAAGAGUUAGGAUUGGGAAUGAUAGAGUUGGAAUGCGACUCACUGAAUAUUGUGAAGGCUUUCCAAGAAAAUGGACAAUUGUUAUCUCCUUUUGGACAUAUUAUUCAAGAAUUCAUGACUAUUGAAACUGCUCAAACCUCUAAUUCGAUCGAUGUUGCGACUGCCCCAAUCUUUCCUACUAUUGUGACAAUGCCGGAUGCUCUUGUUCUGAAAGAGGAUGAAACCAACCGACAAGUAGUUGCUGCAGUCGAUGCUUGGAAGCAUGCAGAUUUCCUUUGUCGCAACUAUAUCUUGAAUGGGCUUGAUAAUACAUUGUACAACAUUUAUAGUCCUAUCAAGAUGGCAAAGGAAUUAUGGGAGUCAUUGGAGAGAAAAAACAAAACAGAAUAUGCCAGUUCGAAGAAAUUUUUGGUGGGCAAAUUUCUAGAUUUUGUGAUGGUUGAUUCAAAGACUGUGAUCAGCCAAGUUCAGGAUCUCCAACUUAUUCUGUAUGACAUCCAUGCAGAAGGCAUGCCACUAAGAGAGUCCUCUCAAGUUACUACCUUAAUUGAAAUAUUACCACAAGAAUUGAAGAAAUGCAAGAACUAUCUCAAGCACAAAUACAAAGAAAUGACUUUGGAAGAAUUAAUUGUGCGAUUGAGAAUGGAGGAAGACAACCGAACUUCUAAGAAGAGGGUUGGCAAACAUCCUAUGGAGUCAAAGGGACAUCGAGCCAAAGAUUGUCGUAGCAAGAGCAAAGGUAAAGGAAGUUCAAGUAAGAAACCUGCUCAAGCCAAUGUCACCGAAGUGGACCAAAUCUCCAAUGGUGUUGAUGACAUAAACCUUUCAGCCGUUGUCUUUGAGGUCAACCUUAUCGGAAAUCUCAAAGAAUGGUUGGUGGACACUGGAGCCACUCGUUACAUCUGUGCCGACAAAAAGAAGUUAUUCUCCUAUUCUGUGGUAGACAAUAAAGAACAACUGUUCAUGGGCAACUUCUCGAUUUCUAAAGUCGAAGGAUAA